GAACAUCGCAACUUCAAUGAUUAUAUUAUGAUAAUUUCUAUCUAAUAAUUGUAUCUUUAUAAACUACAAAUUGUUCUGUAAAAACACCAAGUAUUGGCGUGCGCUUGUUAUGCGUUAACAAGCGUGUAAAGAAAAGAAAGAGAUCAAGUGUUUGCACAUUAAUUGCAGUUAUCUCUGCACACGAUGGCGGCUCUGUUUGGAUUUUCAAGAUUUAUUAAUUAUGCCGCGAGUAACUGUUUGAGAAAAGUGACACCCAUUGCAAUUUGCAAGCAGUAUUAUCCUGCAUUGAGAUUAUGGGAGACUUCAGUAGCGGGAUAUCGAACAGCUAGACCACCAUGGUUGAAAAAGGUUCCGGAUUAUCAGACGGAGAUACGGGAGUGGGAUGAAGAGAGGGAAAAGAUAUAUGCUGACGUGACAAAUGAAAUUAAUAAACAAAUCGCAAUGAACAGAACUGGUCGUAUGUUCGCGAUCGUGCAAGUGUGUGGAAAGCAGUUCAAGGUGACGGAAAACGACAUUAUAAUUAUACAGGGAUACUGGCCACCGAAUAUAGGUGACCGCUUGAAGCUAGAGAAGGUAUUGCUCGUUGGAAGCACCGAUUUUACCCUCGUAGGAAGGCCACUCUUGAACAGAGAAUUGGUUACGAUUGACGCGACGGUGAUUGAGAAAACGCUGUCUCAUACGAAGACUCGCUUUAGAUUCGUGCCAAGAAAGCAGUUUCGCCGUAUAAACUUUUACAGAGUACAAUUCACGAUGCUACGAAUUAACUGUAUAAGCAUAAAUGGUAAUAUCGACGAGAAAAAAGAGAUUGAAGGAUUAGACAGGAUAUAUUAACAGCAUAAUAAUAUGUAUAUAACAAUAAAGAUAGUAUAUCCAAAAUUGAAGCUAUGUUCACACACACACACACACACCAAAAUCUGUGUAUAUAUAUAUAUUACUUUUGAGUAUAUAUCUAAAGUUUUGUGUCCUAACAACGUUACUGAAUCGCUGAAUUUGAUGGGUAUAGCAUCUAGUAAAGCGUCCUAGUAAAAUAACUUAUAAAUUUA